CUCUGGAGGCGUCGGGGGAAUAGCACCAGGACGGACACUGGCAGUAACGGGAAUACUGGACUCACAAGACACGCAAGGGAAAUUACCUGAAUCAUCUGAAUGAAUCUGAAUUUCAUCUGAUUUGUUGGCAGUAUUGGAAUUGUAACACAAAGUGGAGUAGCAGAUUUCCUAUAUCAUAUGUAAACAUCUCAGGGACUGGCACUGAAGACAUCUAACGGGGAAAUAUCAGAAGAACAUAGCACAACUUCUAAAGCAAGCCACUGUGGAUAUUUCAGUCAUACCCCCACAGUGCACAUCACAGAAGAAGGAUAUCUCUUUUGUGUAUGGAAGAGUUUUCUAAAGGUUGUGACAGUAGUGUCCAGUGACUUCUUGAGUUUCUCACUGAAUACACAGAAGUGCUGUGGAGCACAGUGGAUGUGUCAGGUCCAUCUAGAGUAAAGAGUGAACAUCUGGUGUUGUAAAGGUGCUAGCGGCAUCCAGUGAGCUUUUGCAGAACCUCACAGAGGAAACAGAAGAAGGUCACGUUUCCAGGUGUCCAGAAGACAGAGACUACAGUAGACUGCACAGCCAUGAGGGGCAAAGGCAAAGAGGAGAUGGAUUCAGGCAAGGCGGGCAAGGCAUCGGAUGCUGAUAAGACAGGCAAGACGGACAAGGCGGCGGAUGGUGAUAAGCCAGGCGAGACAGACACGGCAGCGGAUGGUGAGGAGUCAUCAGAGGGCGAAAACUUCACGUGUUUCCAGUGUGCUGACCCCUUCAAGGAGCCGCUACUGCUAUCGUGCGCUGAGCAUGGCCUGUGUGCCGAAUGCCUGGUCACCUUCGGGGAAGACACGCUCUACUACAGCAGCUGCCCCUUCUGCAAUGCCCCCCCGCCACCACAGACUGCCACCAUAAAGCCCGAGGAGGGUGGUGUGUUCUCACUGAAGACACUGUGCCAGGUUGCCCUGAUCGAUAUGGCCAAGGAGAGCAACAACAGCUCCCCGACGCAAGGCAAAGCCAUGUCGGAGACGGUGUGCUGUCUUCACGGGGAGAAGCUGCACUUCUUCUGCAAGGACGACCUGUGCCCCGUGUGUGUGGUGUGCCGCAUCUCCAGGCCCCACAAGAGGCAUCAAAUCAGCCCCAUAGCCAAAUGGUUCACAGAGGCCGACCUGGAGAUGGAACUGAAGGUCAGCCAUGAGCAUUUCAAACAGAAGAUGAUGUGCAUUAUGGACACCAUGAACAGCUAUACACAAGCUAUGAAAGAGAUGAAGACUCAAUCGACGAGAACAGAGACGGCGAUCAAGGAGGAGUUCGAGAGCCUCCACCAGUUUCUGCGAGACGAGGAGGAAGCCAGGAUAGCCGUGGUGAAGAAGGAGGAGGAGAGGAAGAAGAAGGCCAUCUUGAAGAGGGUGGAGGAGCUGGACCAGGAACGCAUCUCUGUGUCGGCCAAAAUCAGAGCCAUGGAGGAGGAGAUGGGGGAGGUCAUUACUUACAUACAAAACAGCAGGAAACUUAAGACCAGACUCCAGUUUGCCAAGCAGGAUGCAGACAGGCUGUCAGAUGCUGUGAUCAAUCAGAGCAAGCACCUGGAAACCCUUCAGUUUCUCGUAUGGCUGAAGAUGAAGACGGUUCUUGAACCUAUGCCUAUGACGAUGAACCCCAACACGGCGCAUCCCGAGAUGUUCUUGUCAGAUGACCUGAUGACGGUGACCUUCAUCAAGGACAACCCUGAACGCUUUGACCUGUACCACAGCGUAAUGGCAAACGAAGGCUUUGACUGUGGCAUUCACAGCUGGGAGGUGGAGGUUGGUAACACCUCGCGCUGGAUAGUGGGCGUCAUGGCCGAAUCUGCCCAGCGCACGGGCGACUUCUCAGCCCAGAAGGGCCGCUGGUUCCUGUGGAACAACAACGGGCUGUACCACGCCCGCUGCACGCCUCUCGACCCCUCUGAGGUCAAGCCAGAGAAGAUGCCCAUGAGGAUCAGGGUGUGGCUGGACUUUGGCGCUGGAGAGAUCAGCUUUUACGACCCUGAAAACAAUGUACACCUGCACACGCUCAAAGAGCCGUUCUACGAGAAGGUCUUCCCCUAUUUUAACACACUCUCCGCACUUAGGAUCGUGCCCAUAAAGCAGCCGUUGUGGGGUCAGGCUCCUGAGUCCGAGCAAGAUUAACCUUCGGACGACCGUCUUGAGAUGUUAGUCCGACCAAACAACGUGCCAACAACGACUGAAUCUCAAAACCGUCAGACCAAUGUUGUCAGAUGGUAGUACUGUGUGAGUCCGAUCAAGUUGACGCACGAGGAAGUCAUAGAAAAUGAGUCUCUCACUUCAGCUCGGCUGCAUUUGUCACAGAGCACUGACGUCAUCAUAAUCGUACACUCUCCACACUUAGGAUCGUGCUCAUAAAGCAGCAGUUCUGAUACACACACAUACACACACACAUACACAAAGAAAUACACACACACACACACACACAUGCAUGCACACUCAAGUACACAGAAUGCACAGAAAUACACACACACACACUCAAACAAAUACACAGAACUGGACAGAAACACACACACACACACACACACACACACACACACACACACACACACACACACACACACACACACACACACACACACACACACACACACACACACACACACACACACAAUAACAGGCAUUCAGACCCAAGCACACACACACAUGCGAACACACUUGCUUGUGCAGGCGCGCACACGCACUGGCACACACGCACACACACACACACACAUUUUGACAUUGUUGUAUUAUAACUUGCUGUGUGCAGAUGUAAUCUGUGUGGUCUAAGAAAUAAAGCUGUGUUAAAUGGUUUCAAGUAGUUCUGCAUUAUUUGG